CUCCCGCCGUACUACGUGCCCAAGAACAGCAACGACAGCACCCUUGUCUUCGAGUCUCGGUUUGAGAGCGGCAACCUCCAGCGGGCCGUGCGAACGGGAGAUUUCUGUUACGAUCUCUUUCUCUGCACGGACUACAAUACCAACUCUCAUACUCAAUGGUUUUACUUUCAAGUUGGAAACACGAGAGCAGGCGUCAGCUAUCGGUUCAACAUCGUCAACCUCGUGAAGCCUCGAUCCCUGUACAGCGGCGGCCUACAGCCUCUCAUGUACUCGUCCAUGAAGGAACAGCGUCAACAUGUUGGAUGGCAUCGAUGCGGAAAGAACAUCUCUUACAGGAUGAACCCGACCACCAUAGAGCGACGAGACGUGAGGGGAGGGAGACGACGAGGCGGGGCCACACACUGGAGGACCUCUUGCGCCUUCUCCCUGACCUGUUGCUCCCAGUUCCCUUUCGAUGACGACGUUUGCUACAUCGCCCACUGCUUUCCGUACACAUACACAGGCAGGUCAAGGAGAGUAAAAGAAGGAGACGAGAGAUGCUCUGGUAGAAAUGUUGCUUACAUGCUGUCAGGAAACAAAUGUCAUGUGUUGACAAUUACAAACAUGUAUGAAUAUGGAGAGCAGGAGAAGCAGGAGGGAGGGAGGGAGGGAGGGAUUGAUCUUCAUGCUUCUCAGGCUCGUGUGCAUCCUGGGGAGACCAACAGCAGCUGGAUGAUGGAUGGGAUCUUACGAUUCCUGACGGGUGACUCGGAGUUGGCAGACCGGUUGAGAAAUCGUUUUGUCUUCAAGAUCGUCCCCAUGUUGAAUCCUGAUGGCGUCGUCCUGGGAAACUACAGGACAGGACUAGCGGGUCACGAUCUCAACAGAAGGUACGUGGAGGCAUCGCGGCUGAUCCAUCCGACCAUCCACCACCUGCAGAGGAUGGUCAAGAGGUUCAAGAGGGAAAGGGAGAUCGCCCUCUACCUUGACCUUCACGGCCAUUCCUGCAAGAACAAUGUUUUUGUUUACGGGUGUGAAGCGAAGGGAUGGAGAGACUGGAGGAUCGGACAGGUCAACCAAUCUAUUACAGUGAUGUUUGUUUUGGUAGACUGCAAGUUCAAGAUCAGGAAGAACAAGAAUGCAACCGGGCGAGCCUUCAUGUGGAGAGACUUUGGCAUCGCCAACACUUUCACUCUCGAAGUUUCUUUUGCGGGUCCAAGGCGAGGA